GUAUAACGGCUCAAUGAUUGUCAUAUAGAUCCAGUCCAGGCUCGCAAUCGACAGUCUGAGCGUCGCGGUUACUUCCAGUCGCUCGCGUACAUAGUCACAACCGAGUGCUGCUUAAAGUCCAAAGCUACUUGAGUAUGUUCCAUUGCAAUCAUCAUUAUCUUCAGCCGUCUAGGAUGUACCCCAGCAAGCAAGCGAACUGCAAUCACGCCACACCGCGAACUUUGUAGUGUACCGAGGUGCACUGCCAAGCAUGCAACCACCGAUACCUCCUCACCUGUCAUGGCCUAGGCGAGCGUACAAUGGCAAGGCCCUGUCGCACGCGGACGGCAGCUUCACAUGCCAGCAUUGCAGUCUGCACUUCGCUCGCUUGGGUAGUCGAGGAGCCAGCUACCAGUUUGGAGACGGGUGGCAGGAUCGCUUCCAGUAGCAGCAGCAGCAGCAGCAGCAGCAGCAGCAGCAACAGCAGCAGCUGCAGCAGCCCUUCGCCCCGGAGCAACAGCAGCAGUGAGGUAGAGGGCCAAGCAGCGCCCCGGCUCCGUUGGAGUCGACGCCGACGUGACACACGUGCUCGUGACGCUGCGCCCGGCCGCACAGUUGCUGGCCAGCAUGCUCGGCCAGCAGCAUUCAGGGGCGUCAGGACGCACAUCCCACGGACAGAGCAGGCUGCAUCCCCUGGCCCCAGCACACUGGGGCCAGGGCAGCACCAAGACAGACACUUCAGUGACCGGAGUGGCGCGCACGGAGAGGACAGCGGAGUAGACAGUGAGGAGCAGCCAGAAGGAAGCGGCAGUGGCAGCGAUGGAGAUUCAAUCUCGGGCGAGGAGCCCCAGCACGGUUAGCAUUCACCCCGGAUAUGUGCCUGUUACUGCAGGAGACGACGGCGAGGAGCAGCCAGAAGGAAGCGGCAGUGGCGGCGAUGGAGGUUCCAUCUCGGGCGAGGAGCCCCAGCACGGAGACGACGGCGAGGAGCAGCCAGAAGGAAGCGGCAGUGGCGGCGAUGGAGAUUCCAUCUCGGGCGAGGAGCCCCAGCACGCAGACGACGACGACGAGCAGUCAGAAGGAAGCGGCAUUGGCGGCGAUGGAGAUUCCAUCUCGGGCGAGGAGCCCCAGCACGGAGACGAUGGCGAGGAGCAGCCAGACGGAAGCGGCAGUGACAGCGAUGGAGAUUCAAUGUCGGGCGAGGAGCCCCGGCAAGGAGACGACAGCGAGGAGCAGCUGGAUGGUGGCGGCUAUGAUAGCGAUCCAAUGUUUGACGAGGAGCCCUUGCAGGGACUCAUCACCCCUUCGGUCCGCAGCUCGCUGCUGGACUCUCAGUCACACAGCAGCAUGGGCACCACCGCCAACCUCUCCUCGUCGGACCUUGCGGACAUGCCGGGGCCCGCGGAUAGCCCGCUGUCCACGCGCCAGGUCGUCUACUCCUUGCUGGAACUUCACGAGCGGCACCGGAUCGCCAAGUCUGAAUUGGACACCAUCCUUGGCUUUUAUCGUGCCACGCUGCCAACUUCGUUCAUCCCCCCGUCCAUCUACAUGCUGCGCAUGUUGACUGGCCUCAUCGACCAGUUACUGAUCGCGUUCUGUUUGACAGGGCGGGAGCGGAUCGAGCCAGCUCACUGGUACAUAGACUUCGGACUGGAGCGCGUCAUCAAGGAGCAGCUCUUCCGUGAUGAGCGGGCCAACAACGCGGAGGUUAACGUGGGCGACAACAGACUCCAGUUGACGCACGAGGACCAGGUUCUGCGUGGGCGUCUAGCAGACAGGCUCCAGGCAGUGGCGGCAGGGAGGGUUUCAGGCAAAACUGCGACCGAGCGGCAGGAUGCGGCCAAGACCCUCGAGGCUAAUCCAGUCAAGGCGUCCAGCCCCUUCUCACUCCUCCGUUACGCCAACCAGCAGGACCUUUUCAGGGUGCCUGUCGCGCACGCAUUGCUGUACGGCGUUGUGCGGAACUUCGUGCUGUCGCUUCUGGAUGGCAGCGGUCCCCAAGCGCUGUGCUUCACGCAGGACGACAAGCGCUUAAUGCGCAGUCGCGCAGCCCGUGUCGUGGUGCCCUCCGACUUCGGGCGGCCGUACACCGACGUGGUCGAGUACAACAAGAGCUGGAGGAUGGAGGGCCCGGGGCUGGCGGUACUUGGCCGCAGCAGCCGUACGGCAUUUCUGUCGGCCUCCAAGAAGGCCAGCAAGUCCCUGCUCGAGUUCGCCGUGAAAGCUGAAGAACUCAGCUUCCCUGAGAAGACGUUUUCCGUCAACCUCCACAUCUGCUGCUGCAGGUGAGCCGUGUCGUUCUGCGACUGCAAAGCGUUCACGUUUGCGGCUUCUUAUUAGUCGGGUGGGCGUGAAUCCCGAUGCGUAUGGGUGCUGGGAUGUGUCUCCAUGUGCUUGGUAGCGUGUUGUUUCGGUUUAUUCCUCCAAUGUGAAUACGCCUCCCACCAUCCUCAUUCCCCAGGUUACAACGCCAGGAGGAGCGCGUUGGCGCAGUGGUGGGUGAUCUAGAGCUCGUGGUGGAGCGCUGCAUGCAGUACUUCAAGCGGAAGGCGUCCGGAGUUGCGUACAAGCCCGAGCAGCACUUUUCCAAUGAAGUGCUGCUGACCGCGGCAAUGGUCGACAUCCGUUCACAGCACGACUUGCUCCUGCUGGACGAUGUGAUUGGCCGGCGACAUGCGGAUUUCAACGACGCUAGCCGUUUUGACAGUGCGGUGGAUGGUGUCCUGUUGAAGGGUGUCCGUACCCGUGUGGACGCACAGACGGCGGAGGAGGUACUGGCCGCAUUAGGAACGACUCUGGCGGAGGAGGGCAGCACUCAGGCGGUGCAGUCAUGGCGUGACACGGACGGGGCAUUGGACGCUGCCUCUUUAACUAGCGCAUUGCUGUCCUGUGGGGGCGGUGUGUUCACGCGCGCGGAGGUCGGGGAGGAGUUGCUGUACGGGUCUAGGUACGGUCGCAUCCAGACGCGCGUCUCCCAUAACGUUCUGCUCCGCUGGGAUGUGCCUGGCCCUCGUGGCGGGGCCGGCCGGCUGCGGGUACCCUACAUUGCUGCCAUUAGCUAUUUUGUGCGGGUGCCGUCCAUCCAGCUGGAGCGCGGCGGGGUAGGUGCGGCCUUGCGGUUGGCUAUCUGCUCGGUAUCAGAGGUCACCGAGGUGGUCAAGGAGGCGUUGUUCGAGCUCCCACGCCAGCCAACAUGGCACCGGCGCUUGUAUGCUGUCCCAGUGGAGGUGCUGGCUGACAUGAGCCUGAAGAAGGUGGCCAUGGUGCGGCCACCCGAAGGCGAUGAAAGAGUGGUAGGCACGCGUGUAGGUGCUGCACAUCCGGAGGCAGGGAAGACGUACUUCAUGCCGUAUGUGCACGUGACGGAGCGCGCUGAUUAGAAGCAUGUUAUAUUCAUCAAUCGCAAAUGCAUUGUAUUCAUCAUUCUUUUGCAUAGAUUGCUGGCUCACUGGCAAUGUUGAGGAGCACAAUGUGGCUGGCGUACAGGCCAGGAAGGACUUCACACGCUACAUGUAAUGUCCUGCAAAU